AUGGAAGUCGGCUUCCAGCCCAAGUUCAAGAUUUUGGUCAGCUUCUACCAGAUCGCCGCGACGCUCGGCCCCGUCUACGGCGUCCGCCUCCACGAGGACUUCACGCGCUGGACCGACUUCAUGGACGCGAUCAGCCUCGACCUGCUUGGCCUCACCUAUCCCGAUGCCUGCAUCGGCUCGAUGGGAGACCGGCUCCUGCUCGCAGGCUUGUGGCCGAUCUUCUCCAUCAUGCUCGGAGGCGCCGCCCUCGCCUGCUGCGCCCUCGCGGAGUGGCUCUUGUCUGGUCGCGCCGACGCCCUCCGGCGCGACCUUGUGCGCGCUACGCUGCGUCGCCUCCUCUACUGGGCCAUCCUCGUCGCCUACCUCGUGCUGCCCUCCGUGUCUCGCUCCAUCUUCAAGGCGCGGCAGUGCGAGUCGUUUAAUGUCGACGACUUGACAGCGGAGAGGCGCAGCUACCUCGUUGCCGACCUCGACGUGCUCUGCAGCGCCGACGACGACGAGUACAGCGGCCUCGACGCGUACUUCUGGGCCUUCUUCGUGCUCUGGCCGAUCCUGUUCCCGCUAGCCUUCCUGGCGCUCCUGCUUUCGAUCCGCUCCGAGGUGCGGGCGCAGCGAGUCAGGGCCACGGCCCGCGCUUGCCGCUUCCUCUGGCGCGACUACGAUCCGCGCUUCCUCUUCUGGGAGGUCGUCGAUCUGGGCCGCAAGCUGUCCCUCGCUUCUCUGGUGCUCUUCAUCCAGACAGACACCGGGUCGAGCAAGAUCCUCCGCCUCUUCGUCGCCUCUGUUGUCUCAGCCCUCUACCUCGCCGCCCUCGCCCUCGCCCGGCCCUUCAAGCGUGACGACGACCUCUACCUCGCGUGCACCGCCAAUCUGUUUCUCGCCUGCUGCUUCACCUCCGGCACGGUGAUUCAGCUGUGCGAGAGCGCUGCUUACGAGGACAUGUGCAAGGCCCUCGUCGGCUUCGACAGCGCGCGCGGAGCGAGUGAGUUUGUGAUCGCGCUCACCGCCGCAAUGCUCGCCGCAUCGCUGCUCGUCGUCCUCUUCAAGACAGUCAGCGCCGUCCGCAUGCCCACUAUCCGCCUCUGCUCCUCCGGCCGCCCCCCAGUCCUCGAGCUGUCCCCCGAGUGCCACUUCCACGGCUUCAUCUCGCACUGCUGGGGGACCGGCCAGGACCAGACGCACACCGUCGUGCGGCAGCUCCAGCUUCUUCUCCCCGGCGUCCGGAUCUGGCUCGACGUCGACAACCUCGAGGACGUGGGCAGGCUCGAGGAGUCGGUCAGAGACGCGACGACCUUUCUCGUCUUCCUCAGUGCGGGAUACUUCAAGAGCUUCAACUGUCGCCGCGAGCUGUACGCUGCGCUAGGCUCGAACCGGCCCUUCAUCCCGAUCCAGGAGGCUGACGUCGACAAGGGCGGCGCCUCGAUCGAGGCGCUGAAGGCAGAGUGCCGCGAGCACUGCGUCGAGACCGCCCCGCCGGCCUACCCCUCCUACAGCGGGCCAGGCGAGAUGCUCGCGCGCGUGUUUGAGGCGACGCCGCCGAUUGUGUGGGUGCGGGUGAACGCCUUUCAGCUCGAGUCGCUCAAGGCUGUCGCGAUGCGCAUGCUGCUGCACUCUCCUUACUACGCGAGCCGCCCGGCCGAGCUUGCUGGAGGAGUGAUGGUCCCUCGCCAGCCGGGGCCCUGUGCCUUUAGCGGCCCCGUCACCAUCCUCGUGUGCCGCGACAACGAGGGCGCCGUCGGCAUUGCAAGGGCGCUCAAGACGGCGGCGAGGGAGGGGCGCGGCUCUACCGCCAGCGCCGAGACGGUAACGAUCCGCGAUGCGGAGGAGGCGCUCGAGGGAGUCAACGCGGCCCCGCUCUCCGGGCACGUAGUGUGCCUGCUCUACCUGAACGAUAAGACCUUCCUGGACGCCGGCGGCGCCGUCGCGCGCCUCGUGCAAGCGGCGAUGGACCGACGCAUCGCCGUCGCAAUGGUCCACGAGCAGGACCCUACCUGCGGCGGCGUUCCGUUCCGCAACUUUUUCCAGCAGACGCCGCAGGUGCUGCUGCAGCCGCCGUACAAGCUCUUUGACACGGUGGCGGUGCCGCUCUACCCGGCUCCGGAGCACCGCACGGUGAGCUUGCGCCUCGCGCUGAGCAGCAUGGGAGCGGUGCCGUGCGACGCGGGGCCGCUCCAGCGGCGGUGGGAGCUCCUCCGCCGCCGCAUAGCGGUGGCGCGCCUCGUGCGGCGGCGCCCCGCCGAGCCGUGCCAGCAGCCUGUAGUGCAGCCGUAG